GCCUUUUCUGAUUAUCUUCCUGGUUGGCAUAAGUCUAAUUCUGAACCAUUGUUUACAGUUUUGUAGCUACAGAUAAUGGCCAGCUAUGUACAGCCGUGCAGUGUAUGUGAAUAUCAACAUGUCUUCAAACCUGCGUGUAUAUGGUGUUCAGAUUGCGAUGAGGGGCUCUGCAUAGACUGCAGUAAGUAUCAUGGAAUUUCCAAAUCAACACGAAAGCAUGUCACUGUGCCGAUUUCGGAAUAUCAAAAGCUGCCGUCUUACAUCACAAGUAUUAAGCAGACAUGUAGUGCACAUGAAGAGAAAUAUCAAAUAUACUGUAAAGACCAUGAAGACGCAUGUUGCAGUAAAUGCACCGUCGAAAAACAUGCGACAUGUCCAAAUAUUUCAAAUCUUGAUGAUAUUGUUAAAAACAUUAAGGCCUCAAACGCUUUUCUGGAAAUUCAUGAAACAUUGAAUGAAGUUGCUGAGAUCAUCAAACGGAUUCGUCAAGAUAAAAAUGGUAAUCUCAAAACAUUGUCCGAAAAAAGAAAGCAGAUCGAAUGUGAAAUUCAACUGUUUCGAGUAAAUAUCAACCAUCAUCUCGAUAAACUACAAGAGAACUUCAUAACAGAGUUGCAAGAGACAGAAAAAAAAGAGGAAACAAAAAUAUAUAAAUUGAUGAAAGCUUUAGAUGAGCAUGAACGUAAAGUUGUAAAUCACCAAGAGAAUAUAGCAAGCAUAAAACAACACGCAUCAGAUCUACAGACCUUCCUAUCGCUGAAGCAGCUUGAAGGUGAUGUAAAUGAUAACAGUCAGUUCAUUGAUUCACUUACUGAAAGUAAUGUUCUCAAUCGUGUGGAGAUCAAGUUUAACAUUAAUACAUCACUGACAGACAUUGCAAAUAGUGUCCUUGAGUUUGGAAAAGUAUAUAUUGACAAGUCCAGUACCUCAGUGAACAUUGUAAAGAAAAAGCAACAACAAGCUCAGUUGAUAUUACCUAAAUUAUCACAAAUUGUGCCCUUUGAGAAUAUACAAGUCAAGUUGCAACACACAAUAAAAACCGAAUCGCCUGACGUCAGAGGAUGUUGCAUAUUACCUGAUGGUAGAACAGUGUUCACCACUCCUGGAUUAAACAAAGUAGCUGUAGUUAAACAAGAUGGUUCACUGGAUUUUUCUUUGGGUCUAAGAGCAGCACAUGGUGUAGCAUACAACAUUGAAGAUAACACUUUAGCGAUAUCAUCCUGGUGGAAUGGCCAAGGCAAAACAAUAUCAAUAAUUGAUUUAACCAAACAACAAGUAAAAAAAACUUUAUCACCUGGUGGACAAACCGGUGGCAUAGCGGUGAAAACUAAUACAUUGUUGUAUCACAUUGAAAAUAUAGGAAUUCGGGCCUUUGAUCUGACUGACGAAUCAACACGUGAUGUAACUACUGAGAACAUGGACACACCAAUCGAGAUUAACAUAUCUGGAGACAAACUUUAUUAUUCAAGUUAUCAUUAUCAUACAGUAGUAUCCUGCGAUCUACAAGGAACAAAACAAUGGACAUUCAAAAAUGAAAAUGUUUUAACAUAUCCAUGUGGAUUAUCAACUGACAAUGACGGCAAUGUGUAUGUUGUAGGAUAUGGAUUAACGAAUGUCGUGAUUAUCUCCCCUGAUGGACAAAAACAUAGGGAACUCUUAACUACAAAAGAUGGUUUAGAUAACCCAUGGUCAAUUAACUUUGAAAAAGAAACUAAUCAGCUUUUAGUUGCAAACCGUUAUUCUAAAGCUUUUCUGUUUAACGUGACCAGAAAUUAAACU